GGUCAGAUUGCGUGCYCAUUUUGAGAAUGUAAUUUCGAUMAAACUGUAUUUUUUGAUGAAAUACUAUUUGUUUGCAUUGUAUAUUAUCUUGGCUGUAAGGUGAUUUGACGUUUUAAUUCCACAAUGGGGCACAAAGGAUUUUCGGUCGCAGUCCUGGUUUGCKGCGUUUCUUUCUUUCUUCURACACUGCACUCCGCCUAUGGAGACGUGAGCUAUUCUUUUCCCGAGGAGAUGAAACGCGGAUCUGUUAUUGGAAAUAUAGCCAAGGAUCUGGGGUUGGAGGCGAGCAGACUCUCCGCUCGUAAGGCCCGWAUUGAUACCGAAGGGAACCGCAAACGUUAUUGUGACAUUAAUCUGACUAGUGGUGAUUUGAUUGUUACCGAAAGAAUUGACAGAGAGGAGCUUUGCGGAGAAAAGGCGUCAUGCCUUCUGAGCUUUGAGUUAGUCCUAGAGAAUCCUCUUGAGUUGCAUCGCAUAUCACUUCAAAUACAAGAUGUCAAUGACAAUUCACCCAUAUUUCCGAAGGAUACAAUUAAACUGGACAUCAGAGAAUCAGCUGACAAAGGAGCUCGCUAUCGUGUGAACGCUGCUCAUGACGCAGACAUAGGACAGAAUGCAGUUCAAAGUUACGUGCUACAAAGGAAUAAUCAUUUUGCGUUGAGUGUUCAAACCACUUCUGCAGGUAGCAAAUACGGCGAGUUAGUGCUUGACAAAGAAUUAGACCGUGAGAAGCAGCAGGAAUUACAAUUAUUGAUCACAGCUGUGGACGGGGGCACUCCGCAGAGAUCAGGUACUGUAGUCAUACACGUCACUGUACUCGAUGCUAACGAUAAUGCCCCAGUGUUUAGCCAAGCCGUCUAUAAAGCCAGUCUGCCCGAAACAUCUCCUUUGGGUACACUAGUUGUUACUGUGAGCAGUACUGAUGCAGAUGAAGGCGUGAACGGCGAAGUAAUGUAUGAAUUCAGUCGAAUGUCUGAUAAGGCAAGGAAAAUGUUUACAUUGGACCAGAGAACGGGGGACAUUACAGUGAUAGGGGAGUUAGACUAUGAAGAGGAAUCAACAUAUGAAAUGUUUGUGGAAGGAAAAGAUGGCUAUGGCCUUUCUUCAGACACUAAAGUGAUAAUAGACAUUACAGAUAUAAAUGACAACGCCCCAGUGAUAUAUCUGAAAUCUUUGACUAACCCCAUACCUGAGAACGCGUCACCUGGCACAGAGGUGGGCAUCAUUAACGUGCAGGAUAGAGACUCUGAGAAUAACCGACAGGUCCACCUACACACGCGCAGGCGGUAA